AUUUCUAUAUAUAUUAUAUACCAAAAAAACAUAUCUUAACAAAGUCAAAAAAAAACCAAAGUCUUUCACUUUGUGUCUGUUCUAAAUCUCUGCGAGUUUUCUUACUUUUCGAGUUUUGUGUGUGUCUUCAAGUGUCGUGCAUGCAUUUUAUGCGUUUCGUUCACUUGCAUGCUCUCUCCCUCUUUCUCUCUCUAUCUCACCCAUAAAAGUUUUAAUUUUUCACAUCGAUAAAUUAAAUUGAAACAAAAAAAAAAAUUCACCCAAAAAAAAAAAACCUCGUUGCCUUCUUCUUCGCCGUUACAGUCCUCUUUCUUUCUUCAAUUCGCCGUCAAAAUCUUCUCUUUCUCUUCCCCCGCCGGUCCUUCACCAAUCCUCUGAUCUCUCUACACACGAACCUUUGAUUUUGACCAACGUCGAUGCAUGUUCAUGACUAGUCUCUUCCUCAAUCCUUCAAUUUCAUCAAUUCACGUCGAUUUCGUAUCCGAUUCGUUGUUCUAGCUCUUUGUGUGGUGUUAGGGUUUUAAGAUUUUGGAAUUGGGGUUUGGAGUUUGUGAUGUUUGAAGUCAAAAUGGGGUCAAAGAUGUGCAUGAACGCUUCAUGUGGUACGACUUCUACUGUUGAAUGGAAGAAAGGUUGGCCUCUUCGAUCUGGUCUUCUCGCUGAUCUCUGUUAUCGUUGCGGAUCUGCGUAUGAGAGUUCUCUAUUCUGUGAACAAUUUCAUAAGGACCAAUCUGGUUGGAGGGAAUGCUAUUUGUGUAGCAAGAGACUACAUUGUGGAUGCAUUGCUUCUAAGGUAACGAUUGAGUUAAUGGACUAUGGUGGUGUUGGUUGUAGUACAUGUGCUUGCUGCCAUCAACUCAAUUUGAACACAAGGGGUGAGAAUCCAGGUGUUUUUAGCAGAUUGCCAAUGAAAACGUUAGCUGAUAGGCAACAUGUAAAUGGCGAAAGCGGAGGAAGAAACGAAGGCGAUCUCUUUUCUCAGCCACUAGUCAUGGGCGGAGAUAAAAGGGAAGAGUUCAUGCCUCACCGUGGGUUUGGUAAGCUAAUGAGUCCAGAAAGUACAACCACCGGGCAUAGGCUGGAUGCUGCUGGGGAAAUGCAUGAAUCAUCACCUUUACAGCCAUCUUUAAAUAUGGGUUUGGCUGUGAAUCCGUUUAGCCCAUCUUUUGCAACCGAGGCUGUCGAGGGAAUGAAACACAUCAGUCCUUCUCAGUCCAACAUGGUCCAUUGCUCUGCUUCUAAUAUACUGCAAAAGCCAUCAAGACCUGCUAUUUCAACUCCUCCUGUGGCUAGUAAAUCCGCUCAGGCGCGGAUUGGAAGGCCUCCUGUCGAAGGGCGAGGGAGAGGCCACUUGCUUCCGCGGUAUUGGCCAAAAUAUACGGAUAAAGAGGUUCAGCAGAUCUCUGGAAAUUUGAAUUUGAACAUUGUACCUCUCUUUGAGAAAACUCUUAGUGCCAGUGAUGCUGGUCGCAUUGGUCGUCUAGUUCUUCCAAAAGCCUGUGCAGAGGCAUAUUUUCCUCCGAUUAGUCAAUCCGAAGGCAUUCCUUUGAAAAUCCAAGAUGUGAGGGGUAGGGAGUGGACGUUCCAGUUCAGAUAUUGGCCCAAUAACAAUAGUAGAAUGUAUGUUUUAGAAGGUGUCACUCCAUGCAUACAGUCCAUGAUGCUACAGGCUGGUGAUACAGUAACUUUCAGUCGGGUUGAUCCUGGCGGAAAACUAAUCAUGGGUUCCAGGAAGGCAGCUAAUGCUGGAGACAUGCAGGGUUGUGGGCUCACCAACGGAACAUCAACUGAGGACACAUCAUCGUCUGGUGUAACAGAAAACCCACCCUCCAUAAAUGGUUCCUCGUGUAUUUCACUAAUACCGAAAGAGUUGAAUGGUAUGCCUGAGAAUUUGAACAGUGAGACUAACGGGGGCAGGAUAGGUGAUGAUCCUACACGAGUUAAAGAGAAGAAGAGAACUCGAACCAUUGGUGCAAAAAAUAAGAGACUUCUUUUGCAUAGUGAAGAAUCUAUGGAGCUGAGACUCACUUGGGAAGAAGCUCAGGACUUGCUUCGUCCCUCUCCUAGUGUAAAGCCUACCAUCGUUGUCAUUGAGGAGCAAGAAAUUGAAGAAUAUGACGAACCUCCUGUCUUUGGAAAGAGGACUAUAGUCACUACAAAACCUUCAGGUGAACAGGAACGAUGGGCAACUUGCGACGACUGCUCUAAAUGGAGAAGGUUACCUGUAGAUGCUCUUCUUUCCUUUAAAUGGACAUGUAUAGACAAUGUUUGGGAUGUGAGUAGGUGUUCAUGUUCUGCACCGGAGGAGAGUCUGAAGGAACUUGAGAAUGUUCUUAAAGUAGGAAGAGAGCACAAGAAGAGAAGAACUGGGGAAAGCCAGGCAGCAAAAAGUCAGCAAGAACCGUGUGGUUUGGACGCACUGGCGAGUGCAGCAGUCUUAGGAGACACAAUAGGCGAGCCAGAGGUAGCGACCACGACCAGACAUCCAAGGCACAGGGCUGGAUGCUCUUGCAUCGUGUGCAUUCAGCCACCAAGUGGGAAAGGUAGGCACAAGCCUACAUGUGGCUGCACUGUGUGUAGCACCGUGAAGAGAAGGUUCAAGACGCUUAUGAUGAGGAGGAAGAAGAAGCAGUUGGAGCGCGAUGUAACAGCAGCAGAAGAUAAGAAGAAGAAGGACAUGGAACUGGCUGAGUCUGAUAAGAGUAAGGAGGAGAAGGAAGUGAACACAGCGAGAAUAGACCUGAACAGUGAUCCAUACAAUAAAGAAGAUGUUGAAGCUGUUGCGGUGGAGAAAGAAGAGAGUCGAAAAAGAGCAAUAGGACAGUGUUCGGGCGUGGUGGCUCAAGACGCCAGUGAUGUUUUAGGAGUUACAGAGUUAGAAGGAGAGGGUAAGAAUGUUCGUGAAGAGCCGAGAGUUUCAAGCUGAUAUGGAAGGAAAAAGGGAAAGGGUAAAAGCCAAAGUCAUAGCCAGUUUUAUUAAUAUGCUGAGACCAAGAGUAGGAGAAGAAGAAGAGAAAGAGAGAGAGAGAGAGAGAGAGAGAAGUACAGUUUUGUGUUUGAUUCUGUCAUAGUUGUAGGAAAAAUAAGUUUCUGGUUCUAAACAGCGACAAUGUCCCAUCUUUUGUUUUUUGUUUUUGUUUUUGUAUUUUUAUGGUAUCGUGUUGAGUUUGGGGUUUAUAGUAUGUCUCCAUUAAUCUAGGUUUUGUUGUAGAAGGCAAAUGGAGCUUUGUGCUUGGUGAUGAAACAGUUGAGUUGAUUUUUUUUUUUGUAAUUGUUUUCAACCAAAUGCCUAGUUGGUUUAAUUUUUUUAAAAGUUGUUUCUUAUAAUAUUGUUAAACACAAAUUAUGACAGUUGUUGAAAACUGCAUGAAGUAGACUUGUAAAUGGUAUAAGGAGAUUAAU